GUGAGGGCUUUUUGGACCUUCUCCACCUCUCUUUUUCUUAUUUUCCAUGCUUUAUGUUGGUCAACAACCAACCACAGUUUUUUUCUAUAGUUCUUCACUACUCGUAGAGGCUUGACGGAGUGAAGCUGUUUGGAGGGAAUCAUUUUUCUCAUUUAUUUAUUUUCUCAAUCAAUCAUGCCUCAACUGGAUAAAUUCACUUAUUUUACACAAUUCUUCUGGUCAUGCCUUUUCCUCUUUACUUUCUAUAUUCUCAUACGCAAUGAUGGAGAUGGACUCCUUGGGAUCAGUAGAAUUCUAAAACUACGGAACCAACUGGUUUCACACCGGGGGAACAAUUAUUUGAGGCCCCGCAACAACCCCUUGGAAGAUAUCUUGAGAAAAGGUUUUAGCACCGGUGUAUCCUAUAUGUACUCUAGUUUAUUCGAAGUAUCCCAAUGGUGUAAGGCCGUCGACUUAUUGGGAAAAAGGAGGAAAAUCACUUUGAUCUCUUGUUUCGGAGAAAUAAGUGGCUCACGAGGAAUGGAAAGAAACAUAUUCUAUUUGAUCUCGAAGUCCGAGGUUCAAUGUUCCAAAGGAGUUCCCGCCACACCUUCAGUUGUUUCUCCUAAGAGUGGUCAUACUCUUAGUGGGCAUAUAGAUCAUACUUGUGAUUUUGACAACUAUGAGAGAGAAAUCCGAAUUGGAUCUUUAUUUUGA